AUGGCCACUACCGCUUCCGCCCCUGCUUCUGCUCCUACUACCACCGAAGUUCCAAACUUCAAGAUCGUUGGUAAACUCGAUGGUGUCCCAGUAGUCCACGACUCGGUGACCUACGCUCAACAAGUCCUUCAAUCGAACGAAUACACCGCUAAACUCUAUGCAACCGCCCUUGCCCUUGCCAAUAAGUCAUAUGAAGUCGCUACUCCCGUUCUUGUCAGGACUAAACCCAUCUUGGAAUCUGCGGAUGGUCUCGCCGUAGCUACCUUUGAUAGAGCCGAAGCUACUUUCCCUUACCCUUUCAAAACCCCUACACAAGAUUUGGUAGUGGUCAAACAAGCUAAAGGAAUUUACGAUGGUCAAAUCCACCCAUACAUCGCCUCUGCUCAACCUGUCCUCAUUGACAUCCUCGACAAGACCUCUCAAAUCAACUCUGCCAUCAGCUCACGAGCCGUAGCUACCGUUCACACUUCUCAAGAUCUCGCUCAUUCCCUCUUGGAACAAUUGAGACAUCUUGCGGAACAUGGUCAGAACCUUCCUGCUACUUUGAUCAAUGGAGUCGGUAAAGUGACCGGUGACUUGAAAGAAAUCGUCUUCGCCAAAGAUGCAAGUAUCCAAGAUAAAUCCAACAAGCUCGCUGCUUACGUCAAGGAUCACGCUAAGCCCGUUAUUGAGGAGAUCUAUAACUACGUUAACGCUGCUAAGCUCAAGGCUGAACAGGAAGCUCAAGCUGUAGGAGAGGGUGCGAAUGGUACCGUCGAGAAUGUAUCUGCUCCUCAAUCUUAG